AUUUGUCGUAGGACUGUGGAGUGUGCCGGUGGAGUGUGGCGAAAGAAGUGUUCGGAAAAUUUUGAACUUGAACGAUGCCGAGACCUCGAAGCGAAGGCAAUUUGCCUGAAGUAACAAAGGCGACAAGGGCGACGACAACGACCGUAAGGAGGGCGAGGGCGGCGAUGGCAUCGACAUCGACAUCGCCAUCAACAUCACCAUCACCAUCAAUAACGUCGUCGUUACCCCUAGCGGUGGCGUCGUCCAGGAGAGUGUCCACGGCGACGUCACCGCUAGUGAUAGCAUCGUCCAACAAAGUGUCAACGGCGACGUCGAUGGAUAAAGAUACGGCGACAGCGGAAACGGCGACAGCGGAAACGGCGACGGCGGUAACGGCGACGGCGGUAACGGCGACGGCAAGACCAACCUCAACGAGGCAAGUAAAAAAGCGUAUAAAUGCAGCGGUAAAACAGGCGGUGAACCGCGAGAGACGACGAAAGAUACAGGCAAGAUACAGGCCUGCAUCAUCCGUAUAUGUGCCAACACAAUAUGUGCACACAUCGCCCGCACCGUCUCUGUAUAUGGCCGCAUCGCCAGCAUCGGUAUAUAUACCCGCACCAUCCGCACCGCUCGCCCCAUCAACACAAUUAGGAUACGGGCCGGCACCAUAUGGAUAUGUGCCCGCACCAUCCGCACCGCCCGUACUACCUACACAAGUUGGAUACGAGCCGGCACCGUAUAGAUAUGUGCCCGCACCACCCGCACCGCCUGCACCAUCAGUACAAUUAGGAUACGGGCCGGCACUGUAUGGAUAUGUGCCCGCAUCAUCCACACCACCUGCAUCGUCCGCCCCAUCAGGACAAUUAGGAUACGGGUUGGUAUCAUAUAGAUAUAUGCCCGCACCAUCAGGACCGCCUGCACCACCUACACAAGUUAGAUACGGGCCGGCACCACCCGGAUAUGCGCCCGCGCCAGGAUACAUAUAAUAAUAUAUAAUAAAAAGAGUGUAGGGGAUUAGGAACCAUGCAAGAAAAUUUAUUUGAUUUUCUGUGUAGUCACAUUAAUGAAUUUCUAUUGUCACAUCGAAUUAUACGUGAUAAACGUUUCGAUGUUUAGAUCAUCUUCAGUAUUGGUAAAAAGUCAAGUGAUAACUUUGAA